AUGAAGAAUUUAUUAAAAGAUAAAUUUUUUCGUUCUCAUGAACAUUCAUCUCCAUUUUAUGGUAACACUCGUCAUAUUUAUUGUGAACAUAGUACAAUUGAAUUUAAUCCAAGAUCUGACAGUAUGAACAACUAUAAAUCACAUUACGGACACCUACAAAAAUUAAGAAUUUUAGCCUAUGCCGAAGAUGAACAUGCACAAACAAUCUUAGUUCAUAGUGUCGAUAGUAAUGAUAGUCAUUGUUCAAUGAAUAAAUAUCCCCAUGUGACUAUUAGUGUCAGUAACAUUAAACCUUAUACAGCAGUAUAUUCUAAUAAUCUAUGGAACAGAUUGACUGAUGACGGAAUAGUAGAGAUAACAAUGGACGAAUAUGAUAAACCACAAUCGAUCACAAUUGAAGAUCAUACUAAUGAAUGGCAUGGAAAACUGAAUGGCAUGGAAAACUGA